UCGAGAGUUCCUGGCCCCAACCAAUAGGAUUUGAGAAUCUGCAUUUUAUUCGGCUCUUUAUCCUACACCAAUUUCGUGAAAAAACCAGGCAAACAAAAAAGGAAAAGAAAAAAAAAGAACAACAUCGUCUUCACAAUCUCUCAACUGAACGGAGAACAAAAUAACGCAAUUGUUUUCUCUCUUCUCUCCGCCUCUCUAUCUCGAUACUCUUUUUAAGGCCUUAAACCUUCAUUAGGGAACCCUUCGUCAAUACCAAUACUAACACUCAGUUGCAAUUCUUUUUGCUUUUUAGGUUAACCCAGUCUCAAUAUUCUACGGAACCCUCUUUGAUCCGCAGAAAUCCCUAUUCUGUUACUUUUUCCGCAUGGAACUUUGAAUUCUUCCACCAAAAAAUACUAACCCACGUCAUCCUAUCCGGCCAGAGAUUGAGGCUGUUAAGUUGAAGAAUGCAAGUUCAGAGUAAUAACAUGGGUUAUAUUCUGAUGAAUCUGAUCUUCAAUUUUCAGGUUUCUCCUUUCUCUUUUUCAAUAGAAUAGCAAGUAAUUAAUUUGAUUUGGGUUUUAUUUGAUUUGAUUUUGCAGUAAAAUGUAGAUCAUACUGUAUAUAAGUUAAAAUCCAAAGGAAUAGAUGUUUUACGGAUUGUUUGUGAUGCAUCAAAUUCCCAGCAUAAGAAGAAACUUAUAGCCAAAACUCUUCAUGUAUAUGAUCAUUUUUUAUUAUUGUUUCUUUAGGAUUUCCAUUUUCGCUGCUUGUGUUUUCUUCGUUUCGUCUGUAGUAUGCUCAACAAUAUUCUUAUGGAUUUUAUAUAAAUUUUUCUUCAUAUACAUAACUCUUCAGGUAUGUGAUCUUCGUUUGAUCAAUAUCAGGUGCAAUAUAUACUAUAAAGGUCACAUUUGCCUACUAUCAGUGCUAUGACAAUCCCAAUUGAGUUGUUUAUAUUUUUCUUAUAACAGCAUAUACGAACACGGGAGGUCCGUUGUUUUGUUUUUGUAUGCAUGGUAAGUUUAUGUACAUGACCAUGUACUAGAGUUACACAAUCUAUCUAUUAAAAAAUGGUUAAGAAUGAUUAGAUUAUGUUGUUUUGUUGGUUGUGCUCUUAAGUUUGGCCGGGAAAACAAAUUAUUACAUGUAAAGCUUCAUGUUAUAUGAUUGGUUGAACUAUUGUAAGACUCGAAUGUUGAUAUGAAAGCAUGUUUACUGUUUACGUAUCCUAGAGUUAUGAAACCUUAUCGCCAAUCCAAGACCCUAAUUCUAUUCUCUUAUCUAUAUUCUUUACUUUCCUUUAAUGUCUCUAGUGAUUCAAUUCUCUUCCAAAUCCUAUUUCUGUUUACAAUAAUGACCCUGGAGGAACGUCAUAAUCGUUAUUUGCGUUGGUAUAAUCAACUAAUGGUGCAGAAAGCGGUCUAUGUUCUUCUUCUCUAUCUCUUUGGAUUCCAGUCACAUCUUCUGCUGCUAAAUAUAACUAAUGGUGCAAAGAUAAGGCCAUGUCAAUGAUUUCAAAUGAUGUUGGCAGAUGCAUAUUUAUAUUGAAUCCUAUCAUUUGUUGGUACACCCUAACCCUAUUAUUCAAUGAAAUAUUUCUUCUUGCCAUUUUUUUAACUGGAUUUUGAUAAAAGCAAACUUGCUGAAAUUGAUAUGGAUGUGGCUCAGUGUGCCGCUGGACUGAUCUUAAAUGGCUCACACAGUCUCUGCUUUGGAUUUUGGUCACUUUAAGUUAGGCUUUUUACUUUUUAGACAUAAUUAUUUUUAACAGUACUUUCCCUUUGUGCCUAAAGAGUGACUUAUUCUGGCAAUGGAACAGAAGAUAUAGGUUAAAAGGAGAAGAUAAUGAUCAGAGUAAACAACCGUUUCAUCUUUUUUUUUUCCUUCUAAAUUCUUGAUUUUCUGGGGUUUUUUUUGUUGGGAUUUUGGAACAAGACAGUUAAAUCAAAUCCAAAAUUCCUUUUUUUCUGAAAUAUGGUUCUUCUCAGAAAUAUGUUUCUCAGUUCAUCAGUUUGACCAGUGGCGGGUAUGUCAUAAAUUAAGAAAUCCAGUUUCAAUUUUUUUAUUAUUUUAUUCUUCUUUUUGGUUUCAAUUAGUUAGGGGUUCACCUGGGAAAGGAUAAUUAUAGAUAUUGAAUAUUGUAUCCGUUAAAUGUGUACUUAAGUCGGCGGCACAGGUAGAAAAAUUAUGAUUCACUUCCUUCCUUAAUUUGUGGAACAAAUUUUAUAUUUUUUUUCCUUAGUUUUGAUUUGACUGGAGGGAAAUUUCGUGAUGUUUCAGAUGGAGGCUAUUGACACCUUUCCUUCUUUUGUGAAUCCUGAUAACUGUGCAUAGAAGUUAAUUUUGUGUUUUCAUAUUUGUGCCAAUUUGUAUAGGAUGAGAGGAAGGGUUCGAAAAAUGAUGGAGAUGGGUCUGCAAAGAAAGAUGGUGCAGCAGUUCAACACGGACAUAAGUUCCAUGUGGAUUACCAUAAGCUUAGCAAGGCAGAGGCAGAGAAACCUGUCUCACCUCUUGAUGAUGAUUUUCCUGAAAUGGUUGGUUCGCGAACGUAAUUGUGAGAGAUGAUCAGUUCAAUACUAACAAGCACAAGAACCAGUAUAUAGAUUUGAACCCAAUGGUUUUGAUUCUUAGAAAGGUACACUUAAUAUGUGCUAGAAAUAGCCAUAAAAGCUGUCACAAAGCUCAGUUCAAAAAUUAUGUUGAAUUAAGAAUGAACUCAUGAUUUUGUGGAUGACAUUUACAACUUUAAGAAUUCCCCGUAGGCUCUUACCAGUGAACAAAUAUGUGGUUUGUGAAAAUACAUUUAUAGAGGAUAUAACUUAUGCUUUAAACUGAAGAGGUUGAUUUUUACUUCUCAUGGUUAUCAGAAAAUAAGUACCGUAUUCAGCAGGAAUACACCUUGCUUCUAAUCAAAUGUGAAGUGGGCUCUUGGUUGGCAAAUUGGAGGAUACCCCGGUCACCAGGGUUCUUAAUACCGUUUUGGUAGAGACAUUUCAGAUGCUCACCACAAAGCUUGCUUAUAUGCUGGGAUUACCAUUAGUGGCACUAAUGGAGAAGCAGUGUCUAGACAGGACACGAAAUUCUGAUGCAUUCUUGGGUAUGGGAGCAUCAAGUCGGUCUGGAUGUGGUCGUUGAAGCCGGAGACCAUGUUUGGUGAUAUGGACACAUUCUUAAGGUAGUUAAUUCACUUACAUAGAUUAUGAAGCAUAUUAGUAGUGUCAACAUCAAUAGGAAACUUUAACUUUAUAUCUUAUUCUUAUGGUAUUUUUACCUUCUUUGACGGAGUCCUAUGUUAAAGGAAGGAAAUAUUAACGACAAACACAAGAGUUAAUAGAAACUGCUGGCCCAAGGUUUGUGGUGUUGCUAUGAAUCCAGUUGAGCAUCCGCGCGGAGGAGGUACCCACCAUCAUAUUAGAUUCGCCUUGAUACACCUCCUGGACAAUAGUUUGGUCCCAUUGCAUGCUUAGAUAACUAGAUAUCUACAUGGACUGUCUGCUGCUGCUACUAAGUUAGAUGAAGCUUAAUUCUUGGUUGUUUAGAUAUGGGUGUGUAGAAGUCAGUUUAAAGCAAAUAUGUGGUUUGUGAAAAAUGCAGAAUUUUCUGCAUUAGUUUCUGUCUGUGUAACUAUCAGAAGAAUGUUUCAGUGCACCAAUAAAAAAGACCUGGAUUAUAACAACACCAUUUAAUAGUCAUGCUUUUGCCCAAACCAAGAUGAUGUUAAUGUGUGUGUUACGAAUUAUUUUCAAUGUUUGAUUCACAGAUGCCAUCGUACAAGUCAUAUAAUAUGAUCCCGUGCAACGCACGGGCUCAACACUAAUAUUAAUAGAAUUUCUCUCUUUUCUACCCCUCUAUUUUGUGUCUCCUUUUCUAUUUUCUCCGUUUAGAAGACAUAUCAGUCAUUUACACCGUGGGGCGCACCGAGAGAGCAAUGGACGUGCUUAGCAUCGGGAUAGGUGCAGGCAGAAGUGGUCCCCACCAGCCCCUCUCACAUGCACGCCCACGAGACGCCCCGCGGUCCAAAUUCACGGUAGGUUAAUCAUUUUUGGGCUUUUAUAGCCCCAUCUACAUACUGCUUUAUUUUCUCAAAGGAUCCUGUCACCAUCUACCGCAUGGACUAUAUAAAAGAAAGAGCUGAGAUUGGACUACUGCAAGGGUUUUCCGCCGAAAGCGUGAUCUGAUGAUUUUCUUAGUAAACCCUACAUCUCUACAUCUCUAAUAUAAAAUCAGCUAAUGGCGAGAAUUCUGGACGAGGUUAUGGCCACUUACAUAGUGCCAAGGUUACCUGUGAAGAUUAUAUCACUGUUUAAGUGCGUAUCAAAAGAUUGGUGCAAUUUAUUUGAAACCCCUUCUUUUAUAAAACAACACCUGAAGCUUGCUAUUGAAAACAACAAUGACGCUCUUAUGAUAGACGCUCGCAUCGUUUCAACUGGACUUUGCACGGUUUUCUCUUUAGAAGACAUUGAUUCUUUGAUAUCAAACGAGGAUAGCCCGUUACAGGUCCCUGGAUUUAAUCACCGGAGUUCACUUUAUCUCUGGGGUUCUUGUCAUGGAUUGGUUUGUAUUGGACGUGACAUUUAUUCGGACGUCGGCGUACUUCAUAUAUACAACCCAUCAACUACGAAAUGCAGGAAAUUACCCACUCCAACAAUAACGUUUGACGAAAAAUGUGUUAAUUACCUCUCGUUAAGCGGAUAUGGGUUUGGCUAUGAUUCUAAGGUUGAAGAUUAUAAGUUUGUUGUGUUGAUGAAUGUUCCUGGUGGUUCUGGUGUUGGGGUAUAUACAUUACGAACCAAUUCAUGGAAAAGCUUGAAGCAUUUUAUCCCUUUUCGUUUAGUUUCCGCGAGGCGUGGAGUGCUUGCUAAUGAAUUUACUCAUUGUCAUUGGUUAGCAGUCCCCUGGAGUAAUGGAAGUACUAAACAUUGGGUUAUUCUUUCUUUUGAUUUUAGCAGUGAGACGUUUCAACAAGUUCCGCCACCCAAAACUGUGCAUGCGCAUUAUUCUGAGCUAAGAAUUUGUGGCUUCGAAGGUUCCCUUUGCUUAAUUGUUAAAAAGGACAAGGUCUAUCUAGAUAUUUGGGUGCAGAAGGAUUAUGGAGUAAGCGAUUCUUGGACUAAACAAUUCACGAUUUCUUCUCAACCACAAGUUGGUGGAUCAUUAAGCUUUGUGAAGCCGUUGAAAUCUUUCAAGAACGGUGAGAUCCUGAUGCUACAGAAUGGUUGCAGCUUGGUUUUAUAUGACCCGGAAAGCAAAAGCCUCAGAACUCUACGUUCUGGUAUUGAAAAUAUUUGGGGUGUAGAGAUUUACGUGAAGAGCUUAGUCUCGGUUACCUUGGGUAGCGAAAUUUGUACUGACAGUUCAGAAGCUACGACAACCUGGGGAGCACUGAGACGGGAACGAGACGCGGACACAAUAAAAUCCCGACAAGUAGAUGCAGCAAUUAGGAUACAUUAUUGAAAUAUGCAAUAUUUCCUAGACCAUUAUAGAUCACUUGAGUGUCCUCGUAGAAAAAAAAUCGCAUUUUAUUUUUGACUGUUUCUUUCUCUUUUCAUUUUUUUUUAUCACCAAGGAGUACUGGUAAGUUGUGAUAAUCUUUCUAGUCAAUAUGAGAUAUUACGUAUUGGUAAAGACAAGCCUACAAUUGGGAAUUUUUUUAUGCUGGGUUCUUGGAAAUGGUGGCUCAACCAUCAGAGAAGAAAUGGA